CAUCAUUCAUGACCUUAAACGCCACACGCCAGUGAGUACGCGAACCAAGCGCGCAUAUUUUUAUAAAUAAUCGUUUUUUAAACUGUUUUCUUCAUCGAAAACUUGUGUUAUAAACAGCAAAAAAUGUCUAGUAAUACGGAAACAUUGAAAUCCGGAUGGGGAAUUCAAGUGGUGGUUCCAGGUCCAGAGCACACUUUUACCCUGGAUGAGGAGGCUCUCACUGCACUCCUGCUCCGCGAGGAUAUAAAGGACCGAGCUGUGGUUAUCAUAUCGGUUGCUGGAGCCUUUCGGAAAGGAAAGUCCUUUUUGUUGGACUUCUUUCUUAGAUAUUUACAGCACAAGUACGUCCUUGGUGAAAGCGGUGGAGAAUGGAUUGGUGUUGAAGAUGAACCUUUAGAAGGUUUCAAAUGGCGAGGAGGAUCUGAGAGAGAAACCACAGGCUUGCUGCUAUGGUCGCAGCCUUUUAAAGCAACUUUAGCGAAUGGCGAAAAGGUUGUGAUAUUUCUGAUGGAUACGCAAGGAACGUUCGACAGUCAAUCCACUGUGCGAGACAACGCCACAGUGUUCGCUCUCUCCACGCUGAUAUCCUCCGUUCAAAUUUACAACUUGUCGCAGAACAUUGAAGAAGACGACUUACAGCAUUUGCAGUUAUUCACGGACUACGGCCAGCUAGCACAAGAGAGCAGUUCCGGAAGGCCCUUCCAGAGACUGCAGUUUCUGGUUCGAGACUGGAGCUUCCCGUAUGACCAUCCGUAUGGUGCUCUGGGCGGUCAACAGCUUCUGAAGAAACGACUCCAAAUUCACGAAGGACAGCAUCCAGAGCUUCAGAACCUCAGAGAGUACGUAACAAGGAUAUUUGAUGAGAUCGCUUGCUUCCUGAUGCCUCACCCUGGCCUCAAGGUCGCUACGAACCCUGACUUCAACGGGAAACUAGCCGAUAUCAGUCCAGAAUUCAAAGAUAGUUUGAAGCAGUUGUUACCGAUGCUGCUCGCUCCUGAGAAUCUAGUCCCGAAGCUGAUCGAAGGCCAGAAGGUCAAAGCUAAGGAUCUGCUGCUCUAUUUCAAGACCUACAUGAAGGUGUUCAAUGGAACGGAGCUGCCGGAGCCACGGACCAUUCUAGCGGCGACGUCAGAAGCCAACAAUCUCUCAGCAGUGGCCGAAGCGCGCGAGGUGUACGAAACUCUGAUGGAAGAGAUCUGCGGAGGCACGAGACCUUAUGUGCAGCCCAGACAAUUAGAGGAAGAACAUCACAGGGUCAUGAACAAGGCGAUACACGCGUUUGACAGCAAAAAGAAGAUGGGCGGUAAGGAGCUGGCUGACGGAUACAAGGCUGAGCUGGAGAAGGAGUUAGAAGAGUUGUUCGAUCAGCUGAGAUCGCACAACGAAGCGAAGAACAUUUACCGCAUGAUCGGGACGCCUGUCGUGUUCGCGACGGUGGCCGUGCUCGCGUACAUGCUGGUCGUGCUCGGCAACAUGCUGGGUGUGCAGACGGUGGUGGCGGCGGGGCAGGCCGCCGUGGCAGGGGCACUCGUCAUGAUCGCCGUGUGGAUCUAUUCAAGAACUACCGGACAAAUGAGGGACGUAGGAGCGCAAUUAGACGAGAUAGCCGAUUCAAUUCGUAGUUACAUUCUCAACCAAGCGUUCGACUCGAUGCGAAGUCGCGCGACCGCCGCGGCUGUCGGCUACGGCGCGGACAAGAAGCGCACUUAGUGUCAACUGGAA